ACAAGCGACACCUGACCGGGAAACAGUGAGUCCAGUCCCAGGCCUCACACUAGGUGAGGCAAAAGAUGUUUGGAAAAAUGCUGCCCACCCAACUCUCCAGAAUAGGCACAAGGACAUGGCGUGGAUGGUGGCCCAUGAGAUCCUCCCGGUCAGGGCGGUGAUGCACUCCAGAGGCAUGGCCAAGAAUCCAGUCUGCCCUCGUCCGGGGUGUAGUGCCCCGGAGACAGUACGACACCUGCUCUGGGAGUGCAGCGCUGCGCGGGACCUGUGGGCCAAGACCGGCCCCCUGUAUUUCCCGUGCCUGCCAGCGGGUAGGGUCCAGAUGGAUUACAAGCUCGCCAUCCUUGGUGUGGGCCAGGGCUUGAAGGACUGUACAGCAAAAAACUUUACCUCGCUCUGGCUCACUUUCAACUCAAUCAAGGAUGCCAUCUGGACCACAAGAAACCUGCUGGUGGGGAAACACGUUACGGUUCCCCUCCACGCGAGCGAGCAAAUGGUAACAUCAACGCUGCAGGGGUACCGGGCGCUGUUAUUCGGACGGGGGGGCCGGGGUCACACGGAAGAGGUCCCGGCCGCCACCGUACUUUGGCCGCCUGUAGAUGCACCCUUACCACCACCGGCUACGGGAACAGCAGGCCAGCGGGCAGGAGGAGAGGGAUCUCCUCUGAGCACAGAAGCGGCAUGCCAAGUGCCUUUCCUGGAGAGUGGGAUGAUGGCCAAUUUGAUAGGGACUCAUCCCGGUCUUGAACAAUAGAUGGCAUUUUAAAUUGGCACCAAGUUGUUUUUAUUUAUUAUUUUUAAAACAUUACUUUUAACACAAUUGAAAAAUAGGGACUUUUAAGCACACAAUUGAAAAAUAUGGACUUUUAAGAUUUUUUAUGAUUUUACUAGUGUCUUAAAUUUGUCUUGUUAAUUGUCCUUUUUAUUUUGCAAAUAUUAUGAAGUUGUGUGUAUAUGUUUUGUUUUAUUGGUUAAAGGAAAAUGGUAAGAUUGUGUGAAAACAUAUUUGAAAAGAAAAAUUGUGGAAAAAAGAAAAAGAGUGACAAUAAAAAUUUUUUCGAAAGAAAAAAUCUGUUCUUAUCAGUUUAAUAUCUGAUACGUCCCCUAUCCGGGGACCAUAUAUUAAAUUGAUUUUUGGAUCAGGGAGAUGGAAUAGGGGCUUGCUCCGUCCACUCCACGCAUCGACCUGGUAUUGCAGUACCUCCAGGAACGGUGCA